CGCGGAGCGCCGGCCUUUGUGAGGCAUCAUGGCCGCGGGCCUCGAGAGCGCGGCGGGCGGGCGGGCCCCGGGAGCAGCCGGGUGAGAGAGGCCCGCGCCCCGCGGGCCCGAAGCCUGGCGUCGCCUUCAGGCGGGAAAGGUACGAGCAGGGCCGCUCGCCCGGCAGCCUCCGGGAGCACAGUUUGGGGAAUCUGUGAAGUCGCCCAAGUCUUUUCUGCCACCAGAUGCUCGUGGAUUGAGUGUCGCGCAGACGAUCGGAGUGUGGCUUUAUUGUAACCAUGAGCGCAGUAGAAAUAAAUGGGAGGUGGCAACCUGUUGACAGUGAUACCUGUCAAGUGUCACCAGCGGACUUGCGGUGCUUGUGGUAGGAAUUGGGCUUGCCGUUUUGCAUGCUUGCAUGUCCCUUGUUCCCCGAUGCACGACAGUCUAGUCUAAGGCUGUUGACUGUGUGAGGCCAACCACUAGGCGAGGACCCUGUUUCCCGUCACCGGGCCACGGGUGGAGUGACCCAAACCCCACCGCAGGCCGUCAUUCGCCAAAGAGAGUGAAUGGCCACUUGGGGUGCAGAAUGUGAGGCCCCUUGGAGGAUGACAAAAGGAAUGGAUGAGGUCAUACUGCCGCUGGGUUGGGCGGGAGGCUGCAGCAUGAGAGGUUUGACCGAAAGGCAGCAGCCACAGCACUGGACCAUCACAGCCGGCCGGUGCCUGAUGCCAGCCCAGCGAGUGGACUCCAACGAAGGGUGCUGUCCAGGCGUGUGGGUCUUGCCCUGGGCCGGGGAUCCCAGGGAGCCUGCUGCGAGUCUGCUGCUGGCUCACGGUCCAGUUGGCAUCCUGUGCUCACUCGGCAGAAGCAUGGUGAGGCUGGCGGCCGAGAGCCCCCUUGGAGCCCUGUGUGCCAGGCGCUGUGUAGGGUGCUUCCAGGGCGGUUCUGCAGCCCAGCUGUGCCCUCAGGCAGGAAAUGUGCAUCUGCCUGGUUUGUCCCGUCUUGGCCUCUCUCCUAGCUGCCCUUCCCUCCUCGGUGGUCGCCUCUAGCCUCCUGGCUUUAGUGCCGUCAUCGCUGCUUGACAUCUCCCUCUCCCUCUCCAGCCCUGGCCUGCCUUCUCAGCUACAGCCUCACGUUUCUCCCUGCCUCUUCCACAUCUCCCUGUGUUAGUUUGAUGCUAAGUAGCGGUGUCCAAACCAAACCCCGAUCUUCACCCACCCCAAAACACUCCCCAUGUUACCUUUACCACCUCAGCACACGACAUCUCUGUGCUUGAGUUUGAAGUCUCCUGGAUUCCUCUCUCUCAGGCCUUUCUGCAACCCUCAGGACCAUUUCUCACCACCUCCAGCUUAACGUUGGUUGGAGCCGCCCGGUGAGCCUCUUAAUUCCUCUUUGUUCUCGUCCUGUUUCUCCCCUCCUCCCCUCGCCCCCAAUAUGUAGUUUUUCUAGACACACAGUGGUUCUUUUAAACUGCAAGAUAGUGUAAAACCAAGGCAGUACAGACUGGAGCCAGCUUGCCUGGGUCAUAAAGCAGCUCCACCACGUUCUAGCUGUGUGACCUUGAGUAAGUUGCUUAACUUUUCUGUCCUUAACCUUUCUCUCACAGUGCUGUGUGAGAACUAGUGACUAAAAAUGCAUAAAGUGCAGGGCCUGGCUGAGGGUUGGCUGCCGCUGUUGUCGUUGGGUCAUGUGACCUCACUGCUUGGACUCUGCUGUCCAGUGGCUUGUGUCUCUUCAGAUAAGAGCCAAAGUCCUGGUCUUGUUCUUCCUCACUGACCUGGCCUCUUCUGACUGCCCCUCCACACACUGCUCUCCCUGGCUAACCCACACUCCCACCCCAGGGCCUUUGCUCUUCUCUGUGUCACCUGGAAUGUCCCUGCCCCUACCCCCACUAUGCACCUGGCUCGCUCUCUUCUGCAUUCGCUGACCACCCUUCUGAAGCUGCCUCCUCUUCCCCAACUCUCUGCUUUGUUUUUUCUUGAACACUUUGAGCUGUUCUUAGUCGUUACUUGUGCCUCUGUCCUGCUGAGGUGUGAGCUCUGUGGAGAAGGGCUUUCUCUGUUGUGUGUCCUCAGCAUCUAGAAUGGUGUGUGCCACGUGGAAGGCGUUCGGCACACACCUGUUGAGUGGAUAGAGAAAGCUUACAGAGGGACAGUAAGUAACUUGCCCGAAACUGCCCUACUGCAGAGUCCUGAGCCUUGAACUGCUGCCCCUGGGCCUGGGCAGGCUUUCCUGACCUCCUAGGAGCGCACUGUCCCUCUCACGACCCCUGACCCCGCCCUGCGCCCUUCUUCCAGGUCCCUUUCGUCAGUUAUUAUUGUUAGUGUCUGUGCUUUGUGCCUCUACACUGGCUGCUUUUUAACCUUUUAAUAUCUUGUACCAACAUUUGUCUUCAGUCCUCCCAUCUCCUCACUUGUCUUCAUGUUUGCUUUUCGGCCUCCAGGAUCGUAGAUUGGCCCUCAUUAGGGUCUCUGCAAACCUGCCGGGCGCUGAGGGGUUUGGUCCUGGUCUUCUCUGUGUUCUGUAGCACUGGGCGUGUGACCUGUCUGUCCUUCUCUGAGAUGAUCUUUCUUGGUUGCCGGGAGACUGGCCUUGCUUCAUUGAGUGUUCCUUGUGCCCGUCUGCUGCAGCCUCCUCAGCGUGUACUGCAGGUCUGGGUCUCAUUGUCUCCAUGCUGUAUUUCCUUGAUCCUAAGCAUUUUUGAUGGGCACACCUUUGGAGGAGGUAUUGUGUUAAAUUCCCAUUGAAUUCAGAAAUGAAAGGACACCUUAGAAUCUAGGAAAUAGAGUGACAGCACAGUGGUCAUUGCCUUUCCAACUUUGUCCAGGGGGUGGGGACCUUGUUGCUUGGUCAUGGUAGUGCCGCCCUCAGAGUAGAUGGUCAGUGAAUAUUUGUCGAAUGAAUUAAUUAAAUCUAAACAAGUCUCUGGUUUUUAUUUGUGUCUCCAUUAAAGUACAACCACCACGCUCUGUCCCUUCCCUGUAAACUUCUUAAAUGUGUGGGGUCUGCUCUCUCCUGUUCAUGCUACCAGUCAGCCUGCCCCAUGUGGGCGUGGGCAUGCAUGUGCAUAUGUGCACCCACAUGUGCGGCAUGUUCAUGUGUGUGUCUGCAUGGUGUGGGAGUGUAGAUGUAUGCGCGUGCGUGCGUGUGUCUACAUGUGCUUCUCCUGCUCUGAUGCCCGGCCCUUCUGCAGACCUCCGGGUUUUCGGAUUGCUCUUCUGACCUGCCUUCUGAGCCACACAUCAUCCCUUUUGUUGUGCUUCCUCUAGAGUAAAGCUUCUCAGAGUUGUGUUCUCAGCCCUCUUGGUCUGUAUUUCCUCUCUGGAUGGCCUCUCUCCUGUCGUUUGGCAACUCCUGCCUCACUCAUAUGUUCUGGCCCCCUGUUUCUAGGCCAGUCACAGUUCCAAAGCUGUGGCCUCAGCACCUGUCAGACAGGUCUGCCUGGAGGCUCUUUCCAUUCUCCUCUGCGGGCUCCUGCCUGGAUGCUGGAACACGUGUGUACCUCCAGGGGAGAAGCCUCAUUCCCCUUCAGUUCCCUCUUGUCUGUUCUCCCACCUCUGCCUGGUCAGCAGUGCGCUUAGUUCUGUGUUUUCACCGUUCUCGAGGGCUCCAGCCUUGUCACCAGAGCCCCUUUCCCACUUUUGCCCUUUGGUCUUGAGGAUUGGCCCCUGUGCCUUGGGUGCAGGCACUGUGCCUAGCAUAGCUAUCAGUCUUCUUCCUCAAAUAGUGACUAACUAUGGCAUGAGAGUCACUUCACCCUCCGUGGCUCCUUAUUGCCCCCAGUAUGGAGCCAGGCUCCAAAUGGCACCCAGGGCUCCCUGUGCCUUGGUUCCAGCUGUCUCCUGCAGCUCCCCCCACCAACCCUGGCCAGGCUCCCUUCCCCACAGCCACUACCCCCUCCUCUUCUGGGAACAGAACCAUGCCACCUCUGGCGAUCUUAUCACACAGCAUCACUGUCCCUAUCCACGUCCCACCUUGUGGGCCCAGGAGAGCUCUGGGGUCCGGGAUUGCAGAGUGCCGGGCCGUACCUCUAGGCCCUGGUGCCGCAGAGUUGAGCCAGGGGUGUGGCGCUCCCCUCUGACUGACCCAGCCCUAGCAGGUGAGUGGAUUGCUCUUGCUCUGAUGGCCAGAGGGAGACCGCACACCUUUUGUGUGUUCUGGAAAGGGCAGCCCUGCACCGUGUGCUUGCUUACCUGAUAAACUGAGUUAGGGAAAUGCUGCGGUGACGUUUAGUGUGGCUUUUUUUUGUUUAAUCCCUUUGAACCUUAAGAUAAUACUCGUUUUGUGUUUCUGAAGUAGGAAUUACAGUGGACAGUUAAUAAGAUAUUUAACUCUGGACUUAAAUUGUAACUCAGGUUCUCAAGAAAAAAAGUAAAGUCAGUUUGUUUUGAAACCUGAAAGGUUCUCUUAGGCAGUAUUAUUUUAAGUUCUUUACUAUAUCGUUAAUAGCACUUGGCUCUUUGUACCAGGGAAAUUGAAGGUUUCUGUCAUUUUGUGAUGAUGUUUUUAAAUCUCUUUGCAGGUGGAAGAAGAAAGGUGCCACUUUGGCAUGAAGACAGACUCGCUUAGUCGUCAGUCAUUUAAGCUGAGUGCAUUGUGAUUUCCAAUAAUUGAGGCAGUGGUUCUAAAAGCUGUCUACAUUAAUGAAAAGAGCAAUGUGGCCAGCUUGACUAAGCCGCCAGCGUGUGCAGCGCGGGCAGGACGGCACCCGGGUCUCGACGGACUUGUGCAUGUUAGCUGUAUAGAUUUAUGUAAGGUCUUUUAAAACUCUGGUCUUUAAAAUAGUCUUAACGCUUUUACUAUGGAGACAUAUGAGAGUCCCUCUCCUCUCCCGCGUGAGCCCGCAGGAGAAGUGGUGAUGGAGAACCGAGCUUGCCCCCUCCAAGCGCUGCCCCGUGAACAGUCUCCACCACCUCCCCUGCAAACGUCCAGUGAUGCAGAGGUAAUGGACGUUGGCUCUGGUGGUGAUGGACAGGCCGAACCCCCUGCUGAGGACUCGCUCAACUUCUACGGAGCUUCUCUUCUCUCCAAAGGAUCCUUCUCUAAGGCGCGCCUCCUCAUAGACCCGAACUGUAGUGGCCACAGCCCGCGCACCGCCCGGCACGCACCUGCGGUCCGGAAGUUCUCCCCUGACCUUAAGUUGCUUAAGGAUGUAAAGAUUAGUGUGAGCUUUACCGAGAGCUGCAGGAGUAAGGACAGGAAGGUGCUGUACACAGGAGUGGAGCGCGACGCUCGUGCAGAGUGCGGUCGGGCCCUUAGCCCUGUCAGUGGAGACGUGCAUGCUUGUCCCUUUGGCGGGAGUGUUGGUAAUGGGAUCAGUGUAGGGGGUGAGAGUGCUGAUAAGAAGGAUGAGGAGAAUGAGCUGGAGCAGGAAAAGAGAGUGGAGUAUGCAGUGCUGGAUGAGGUAGAAGAUUUUACUGACAAUUUGGAGCUAGAUGAAGAAGGAGCAGGCGGGUUCACGGCUAAAGCCAUCGUGCAGAGAGACAGAGUGGAUGAAGAGGCCUUGAAUUUCUCCUAUGAGGAUGAUUUUGACAACGAUGUUGAUGCUCUGCUGGAAGAGGGCCUUUGUGCUCCCAAAAAGAGACGAAUGGAGGAGAAAUACGGAGGAGACAGCGACCAUCCGUCUGAUGGAGAGACAAGCGUGCAGCCAAUGAUGACCAAGAUUAAAACAGUACUCAAAAGUCGUGGCCGCCCACCUACGGAACCAUUGCCCGACGGGUGGAUCAUGACAUUCCAUAACUCCGGAGUCCCCGUGUACCUACACAGAGAGUCCCGGGUGGUCACCUGGUCCAGGCCGUACUUCUUGGGAACGGGAAGCAUACGGAAACAUGACCCUCCUCUGAGUAGCAUCCCUUGUCUACAUUACAAGAAAAUGAAGGACAAUGAGGAGAGAGAGCAGAACAGCGAGCUUGCCCCAAGUGGGGAGGUGUCCCUUGUCAAGCCGCUGAGCCGAUCUGCAGACCUGGAGUUCCCCCUGGAAGAGCCUGACACUGUGGGGGCCGACCCAGGGCCCCCAGAUGAGAAGGACCCGCUGGGGGCCGAGGCUGCCCCUGGGGCCCUGGGGCAGGUGAAGGCCAAAGUCGAGGUGUGCAAAGACGAAUCGGUUGAUCUUGAGGAGUUUCGGAACUACCUGGAGAAGCGCUUUGACUUCGAGCAAGUUACUGUGAAGAAAUUCAGGACUUGGGCUGAGCGGCGACAGUUCAACAGAGAGAUGAAACGCAAACAGGCUGAGUCCGAGAGGCCCAUCCUGCCAGCCAAUCAGAAGCUCAUCACUCUAUCUGUGCAAGAUGCACCCACAAAGAAAGAGUUUGUCAUUAACCCCAAUGGGAAAUCGGAGGUCUGCAUCCUGCACGAGUAUAUGCAGCGUGUCCUCAAGGUCCGCCCCGUGUAUAAUUUCUUUGAAUGUGAGAACCCAAGUGAGCCUUUUGGUGCCUCGGUGACCAUUGAUGGUGUGACCUAUGGAUCUGGAACUGCAAGCAGCAAAAAACUUGCGAAGAAUAAAGCUGCCCGAGCUACGCUGGAAAUCCUCAUCCCUGACUUUGUUAAACAGACAUCUGAGGAGAAGCCCAAAGACAGUGAAGAGCUCGAGUAUUUUAACCACAUCAGUAUCGAGGACUCACGGGUCUACGAGCUGACCAGCAAGGCCGGACUGUUGUCUCCCUAUCAGAUCCUCCACGAGUGCCUUAAAAGAAACCAUGGAAUGGGUGACACAUCCAUCAAGUUUGAAGUGGUUCCUGGUAAAAACCAGAAGAGCGAAUAUGUCAUGGCGUGCGGCAAGCACACAGUGCGCGGCUGGUGUAAAAAUAAGAGAGUUGGAAAACAGUUAGCCUCUCAGAAAAUCCUCCAGCUCCUGCACCCGCACGUCAAGAACUGGGGGUCUUUACUGCGUAUGUAUGGCCGCGAAAGCAGCAAGAUGGUCAAACAGGAGACCUCCGACAAGAGCGUGAUUGAGCUGCAGCAAUAUGCCAAGAAGAACAAGCCGAACCUGCACAUCCUGAGCAAGCUGCAGGAGGAGAUGAAGAGGCUGGCAGAGGAGAGGGAGGAGACACGGAAGAAGCCCAAGAUGUCUAUUGUGGCAUCUGCACAGCCUGGUGGCGAGCCCCUCUGCACUGUGGAUGUGUGAGGGAGGUGGUGGUGGGGCCUGGUGCAGGGGGCUGCCAGCUCCACUGCUGGAGAGACCACACGCCACUCACUGCAGCCUCAGGCCUCCAAUCUGAGUUCCUUCCCCGCGGCUGCGUGUCUUGAGGGCCAGGGCCGGAGGGGUGGGGCUCCGGUGCACGGGGACAGCCAAGGCCGCAGCUCUUCCUUGGGAGCCGCCCACAGGUCUGAGUGGACAGGUUCAAAGAUGGACUCAGCCUGCACUCACAAGUGGAAGCCAAGAGCUUGAAGACAACUGUGGACCUCUGCUUGUAUGGAUUUGCUGCAGACUGGUUUUAUGAAGGUUUUCAUGAAUUUUAGUACAUAAUAUGCACUGAUAAGAAAUGAUAGUUUAAUGACAGAUGAAAUGAGAAAGUGACUCCUGAGUCUGGUGCUCUGUGCCCAGGGCUCCUGUGGGCCAGUGCAGGGACCUGGUCAGAAGGCACACGCUGGCACCCCAGUCCCUUCCCUGCCUCCUUUGUUUUCCCCUUUUCUCUGAAAAAGAUACAACGAGAAGGAGUAUUUCAGUCCUUUUUCGUUUAAAAUAAACACAAUUUUAGCAUCAGAACUAUUUUUCAGAGGUUUCAGGCAAACCAUCAAGGUGAUGAUUCUUCAUCCUUGUAAUGUGUUGCCAGUGUUAGUAUGAGGUCUGCCAGUCUCCACCUGGCUUGUUGCCCUGGCCCUGGGGCUGGGGUGUGGUCCAAUUUUCUGAGCAAGUCUUAAUGCCCUAAAAACACACCUUAGACACUGAGGCCCCUCACCUUCGCUGGCCUCUGGCAACUUUUUACUAAAGAUUUUGCACAGUCAAGUCCAUCUAUCCACUCAUCAAUUUUUAAAGCUUUUAUGAUAUUUUAGCAUUUGGAAAGAAACUUUUACAGUGAGAGUAGAAGAUAGAUUUGGAAUCAUGUAGCAGAUAUAUAAACAAUUAAUGCAGUUUAGCACGUAGACUUAUUUAAAAAAGAAAACGAGGACCUUCAGUGCAAUGCCUUCUUGAUCACAAACUGGCACUCCUCUCCAGAGCUGGCACAAGCAGGGGGAGGGCGGCUGUCCUGCUCCCUGUGACAAUGGCUUCGCUGGGUUUCCAGGGCAGCCGCCCCGCACAGCCAGGCCUAGUGACCAGCUUGCUCCUCUGACCAGCAGUCUUGUGUUCUCCAGGUGACCUCUGUGGACAGGUGCAGGGGCGGAUGUGUCCCCUGCCCUGAGUCCCAGGGGAUGUGGUUGUGCUUGGGACCCUGGGUUGUCCCCACGUGCAAGGUAACGGUGAGCCGUUGGCUCCCUGUACCCAGCACUUGUUCACAGUGCCAUGUACUUGUGGCGCACUGCUGGAUGCAGGAGCCCAGCACUGGGCUGCACUGUCCUGGUCCACGGGUAUGCCACUCACCCAUCACAUCCCCCGUGGGUGGGGUUGAUGGCAUUUGUUUUCAGGAAGACAGUGUCGGCCUUGUGGGCCAGCCACAGUGUAUCCUUCCCUCACCACCUGUGUGACCAAGGUUGGCUCCUGUGUUGAUCUUUAUAAAACAAACUCUCAAAUCAAGUUGCUGUAAUUAGACGCCUGCUUUUGUCUUGCCUCUGGUUUGCAGCUGUGAAUAAUCAUUUGACACAGACUGUUUGCCCUUAAAACAGCCAGAUGCACCAUCGUGAGCCAAGGCUUUGUGCACAUGUGUUACUAGAGGCGGACGAGCCUCACUGUGGCCUCCUGUGCCCUUCCUCCCUGUCCUGUGUGUAGGUGCAAGGGUCGUGUGCACACAGCCGUGCAGUGCGGGCGGAGGGCAGGGACAGUGUGCAGCCACAGCCCAUUGUAUACCUUCCAGGUGGCAGCUAGGCCACGGCUGUAAGGGUGAGCCUUAUUGUCUGAACACAUAAAACAAAACUGUCCAAAGAGAA